CCGAGUCCACACGUGCUGCUGCUCCCGGUCGUGAUCCGUGAUCGUGGUCCGUGAUCCCCGAUCCCCAGUGUGCCAGCCGCAACCAAAAGAAGCAGAAAAAUAAUAUUUCAUAAAUACCAUACAAGUAAAAACAUCCAAAGUGCCGACGAGUGUUAGUGCAUAUAUUUUUUUUAUUGUUGUUGUUAUUGUCGCUGCCGUUACCGUUACUUGCCUAAGAGCAAGACACCGAGAAAGAGAGAGAACGAGCAGAGAAGAGAGUAGCGAAGAAACGUUCCCGUGAACGUCGGGAUUUCACAAAAGCACGGAGGUAUAAGGAGUCCUCUGCAGUCGAGAUAGAUCACGUAUCGCAGCCAGCUGUGUCUUGACCCUCGGAAAGAUUACUCUUUAUCGAUCCGAACGCCACGCCCACAGCGCCACCAUGUGGAGCCCACAGAAAGGCCCUACACGACUGUGGGACCUUAAGUUUAGUAGCUGUAUAUUUAUCUUACACUUAAUGUUUAGUUUAGUCAUAGCUGGUAAUGAACUGUGGCCCAUGGAGCGGCCAGACGGGAUGCCCAACAUCGUGUCGCUGGAGGUGAUGUGCGGCAAGGACCACAUGGAUGUGCACCUCACCUUCUCGCACCCGUUCGAGGGCAUUGUUAGCUCCAAAGGACAGCACAGCGAUCCGCGCUGCGUGUACGUGCCGCCCUCCACGGGCAAAACCUUCUUCUCCUUCCGCAUCUCGUACUCCCGCUGCGGCACCAAGCCGGAUCUCAACGGGCAGUUCUACGAGAACACGGUGGUGGUCCAGUACGACAAGGACCUGCUGGAGGUCUGGGACGAGGCCAAGCGGUUGCGCUGCGAGUGGUUCAACGACUACGAGAAGACGGCCUCCAAGCCGCCCAUGGUCAUCGCCGACCUGGAUGUCAUCCAGCUGGAUUUCAGGGGUGACAAUGUGGACUGUUGGAUGGAGAUUCAGCACGGCAAGGGCCCCUGGGCGCCGCCAGUGAGUGGCAUCGUGCCUCUCGGCUCCACCCUGACCCUGGUGGUGGCCAUCAACGACUACCGAGGCGAGUUCGACAUGCGCGUCAAGUCCUGCGUGGCCUCCGAUGGCUCUGGCCAUGUGAUCAACCUGUCGGACGAGUUCGGCUGCGUGCUGCGCCCCAAGAUGAUCUCCCGCUUCCUGAAGGCCCGUGCGCCGGACGAGCGCGCCACCGUGAUCACCUACGCCUUCUUCCACGCCUUCAAGUUCCCCGACGCCCUGAGCGUGCACAUCAAGUGCAAGGUGGAGAUCUGCCGCCACGGCUGCCUCGAUCACUGCCAGAACACGGGCGGCCCGGGUGGAGGUGGGUCCGGCGAGGCGCUGGGCCUGGGCCUGGGACUGACCAACGCCAAUGAGCGCAAGGAUGUCCACAUGUCCGACGCCAUGGGCAGCAGCAGCAACGAUCUGCUCAGGGAUCUGGCCCUGCCGCCGGGCGGUCAGCAUGGCCUGGGCAUGGGCAUGGGUCCGGACCACGACAUCUUCUACGAAGACAUCAUCCACGAUCACAAACAGACGCUGGGCGGCGGCGGUGGGCUGCCUGGCGGCGACUAUGGGCACGAGAAGAGCGUUCACCUGCAGCCGCGCCCGGUGCACGAGGAGCAGGAGGAGGCCGAUCUGUCGGAUCUGUUUGGCGACGAGGACCUGGCCGACCUGGACAUGGAAGGCGGCGAGGGCGAGCGCUACUUGGGCCUGAAGAAGAGCGGCAAGUUCCCCCACGGGCCCCGGCAGCUGGAGGCCCAGAAGCGCAUGGGCGUGCCGAUGGCGGGACCGCGGUCGCUGGAGCCCCACGGCCCAAGCGACGAGGAUGUGCCCAGGCCGGUGUACAGGCCGCAGGCGGAGGCGCUGAAGCAGCCACGCGAGGAUCACAUCGACUUGGACAAGGAGGAGGAGACGGAGAAGCAGGCAAAGGAGGCAAAGGAAGAGGAGGAACAGGCUAGGGUUGGUGAUAAGCCUGCGGGCGAGGGAGCAACUGCCUCCAAGAGCCGUCGCCGCCGAUCCCUGGUCAUUUCCGAUCGCAAGGUGCGCAGCGCCGACGUGGGCGUCAGCGGGCUGUACGACGUCAUAUCCGAAGCGGACCUGGCCUUCUCGCCGGACUCCAAGCAGGAGGCGGUCACCGUGUUCCAGGGCAAGAUCAGCGAGGAGGUGGUCUACGGCAUUUGCAUGCCAGUGCCGGGCUUCAGCAUCCUCUUCAUCGUGGUCAUCUCGGCGACGAUCGUCUCCGCUCUGGUGGCCGGAUCGCUGCUCUACCGCUACCAGCUGCAGAAGGAGGCGCUGGACAAGCAGGCGCCCAUGCCGCCGGUCACCGGCACCCUGGCCUCCUGGAUGACCCUGCGGCUCUUCCGCCUGCGACACCUGCAGCAGCAGCAGCAGCAGCAGCAACAGCAGCAGCAGCAGCAGCAGCAGCAAGUGAGGCAGCCGAGCUCAGGACACGAAACAGUCCAGUGAUCCAGCCAGGAUCGAGAUCGAGAUAGAAAUCGGAUUAGGAAUCGAAAUAGCUAUCGAAAUAACUAUCGAAAUCGCAAUCAAAAUCGAAAUGGAAAUGGAAACAGAAACGGAAACGGAAAUCGAAAGCAAAUCAAAAUCAUGUUGCCCACACGUCCAUGCCUUCCAUUAUUAUUUAUUUAUUAUGAUUAUUGUUUUUUUUUUGUAUUAUUGGGUUGUUUGUUCGGGAUCCUGAUCCAGACAAAGAGAUACUUGGUGCAGCUAUCAGAGAUCGGGCGACAAUGCAAUACUCGAACUGCUCGUUUCGGUGCUGAAUGUUUACAAAUUUUUUUUUGUAUUUUGUUUUUUUGGGUGCAUUUAGUCGUAAAAUUGCAUAGAAAGUGAAAACAAUAGUGAAAUGGAGGUGCACAAAGAGAGAGAGACACACAAAUACAAUGAGGACUCCGGACAGGUGCUCCAGGUUUGGGGAGUUUAGGCAGGAGUUCAAGGACUUCAAGGAGUUGGGUGUUGUCGCACACCCGCUAGGCGUAAGGGAACUUAUUUAUUUAUACAUAUAUCUAUAACGUAUACAUACGAGAUUUAGCUGUAAGCCGAGCGGUAUGGAAAAUUUAAAUUUAAUUUUUUUUCGGACACUUGUUUUGUUUUCUUUCUUGUUGUGUGCUCCUUUCGGCAUCCAAAACUUGUUAGGGGGCAAUUUAGUUAAAUUAUUCUAUAGCUAAUGCGAUCGUUUAGACAAUUCUCAUACUCACACCCACUCACACGCAUGCAAACACAGAGCUACUCACGCACACAUACAAACCGACUACCAUUUUCAUUGAAAAAAGAAAGCAACAAAAAGAAAUGCAAUUUCUUGCAUGCAUAUUACAAGUUAAGUGCAAAUUUUGUAACUUGAAAAUUG